UGAUUCCGUUUGGACCAAUCAGGGGGGGUCUGGGGCUCAACACGGGCAACAGUUCUGUCAGAGAUGGCGCCCAGCUCGAAAUCAGAAAAGAAUGAUAGUAAACACAAAACACAAGGAAGACACAAAGAUCAUAUCGUGAAGCUUCUCGUUAGGGGGAAGCUUUCAGGACAGUUCUCUCAGCACUUGUUCAGGAAGCUCCCUCCUCGAGUGUGUGUCCCAUUAAAGAACAUUGUCAGUGAGGAGUACUUGAGAGCAGGGCAUAUCUUUCUUGGCUUCACCAAGUGUGGCCGCUACGUUCUGUCCUACACCAGGGACUGUGGAGAAGAUGACGAUUUCUCUUUCUAUACGUACCACCUCUAUUGGUGGGAGUUUAAUCUUCACAGUCGGCUGAAACAGGUCCAAUAUGUGCGACUGUUUGCAGGCGAAGAAAUCUACAAUGACCUUUACCUCACGGUGUGUGGGUGGCCAAAUGACCAGUCUAAAAUUGUCAUCUUUGGUUUUAACUCUCUCCUAAUGAACUUGAUGAGCGCUGAGAACUACAGAGACAUCUACAUCACCAUUGUUUCAAUGCCUCCCCCUCAGCCUUGCCUUGAGUGCUCCACACUUCGCUCGACCACAUCCAUGCUCAAUGGAAGCGGUGAAUGUCUAGAGCACGGCUACGUCCUCAACAGCAGGUAUCAGGUGGUGUACCCCUUUCCCACUUUCCAGCCAGCUUUCCAGCUGAAAAAGGACCAGGUCAUCCUGUUAAAUACAAGCUACUCUCUGGUGGCUUGCGCUAUCUCUCUCAGGAAAGACAAGUGGGGUUCAUCAUCUCAGAUUUUGUACACAAAGAGAGCAGCUUUGUCUCGCCAUGCGUCCAUAUCGACCUCUCCCACCACCUCGGCUUCCUCACUGCCUCAGGGAUCUCCUGAUAGGCAACCGACACAGAGCAGGUUAACCCCCAUGGCCCCUUCUCCCAGCCAAUCACAAGCUGCGAUGCGAGCCCGAGAAUUUGCAGCCGACCUCUUCCGACGGGCCCAAGGUGGAGGUGAAAAAGAGGGAGAACAGAAACCAUCAGAGCUGUUGUUGGUAAACGCUCAACAGGCGGACCAGGAAUGCCUGAAGACGUUGCAAAAAGAAACACAGACUCUUUUGCCACAAAUCUUGAUAUCCGGGCACAAUUUAAUGCAGUCAACAGAACAAACGCCGUCUCCUGCGUCCUCUUCAUCAUCACCUUCAUCCCCUCCUGCCCCAUCUGCAUCUCCAGAGGUUGAGCCCAGUGAACCUGGAUAUGUCAACUACUCAUGUCUGCACUACUGUCUCCAGCCGGGCUCGUCAGAACAGAAUACAGGAGGGGUUACAGGUUACGAAGACGAUAAAGUACAGCUGGCGUUCACGGUCACUGAUCUUAAAGGCCGGAGCCUGCAACUAGUCAGCGAGCCACACGACGGACAGAGUGUACGUGUGGAGCAGCUGACUCUGGACUUUGAGUAUCUAAUUAAUGAGGUGAUCAGGAGAGAUGCCGCAUGGGCGGCACAAUUCUGCUCUUUUAGCGACUAUGAUGUGGUCAUUUUAGAGGUGUGUCCAGAGACCAACACCGUCAUGAUCAGCAUCGGUCUCCUGUUGCUGGCCUUCUCGCCCUCGGAACAUUGCAGGCCCAACACGUACCAUUCAAAUUUGCAGGUCAGUUGGGACCUUAACACAGGUGUGUGUUGCACUGUGGGCGUGGGUGACCUCACAGAGGUCAAGGGUCAGACCAGUGGGCGAGUGUGGAGCUCUUACAGAAAGUCCUGCGUGAACACACUGAUGAAGUGGCUCAUUCCUGAAAGCAGCUCGCGUUACAUCAAUCGCAUGACCAAUGAAGGACUCCAUAAAGGAUCAUCUCUUCAGGUGUUGGCUGAUAGCGACAGGUGCACCUGGAUUGUUCUGUGACGCGUCACCGAUCGAUAGCUAUGGAAUCAAAAGGAGCACCGCGUUAGUGAAAUGGGCUCUAUUGCACUGUGAUAAUGUACACAAAAACUGUGCUCGGGUCAUAUCCCUGUACAUAUUUCUAUCUUUUUUUGUAAACAAAUUAGUUUUUUUUCACAUUGUUGUAUACUUUGUAAGUACAAAACACAAGAGCUGGACUGGACAAAGGUUCUGAAAACCGUGUUAAAGUUCUUUUUUUAUUUUACAGUCCAUAAAUAUACCUGAAGUGUUUUGUGUCUGCAAGUGAGUUUAUGUACUAUAUGUAUUUGUGUGUACAAUGAGACUGAUUAUUGCUGCUUGUGACUUAACUUGUCCACUCGUGUGGCUGAAACUGGCCUGGACUCACAAGGCUGCAAUUUUUUUCAUACAAGAUAAAACAAGGAAAAACCUACUUCCUCUAAAUGUCUUUGAAUGAGUUCUAUCAAGUAUUUGAUUACUUGGAGUCACUUUUUCUAAGUGUCAUAUUUUGCACAGGCUGUCAUGCAGUAUUUUCUUGGGAAGGAAUUAAUAAUGUUGUGAUUUUGUGGAAAAAAAAAAAAGCAAAUAAAACUGUUGCAGUUUUGUGUAAACUAUGAGGUUUUUGUAUUUUAGAGUAACUUUUACAUACAAAACUUCUUUUGGAUGCAGAAGAGUGCAAUCUUUCCCAAAAUUUGAACUAAUGCACCUAUUUUACAAUAAAAAAUGUCGAAACAUAUGAAUA